AUAAAGGAGAAAGAUGGAAGAAGGCAGCGUGGGAAAGAAAUCAGGAAAGGCGAUGGCAUCAUCGUCUUCCCAAAGUGCUGAAUUUUCUGGACCACAAGGGUUGACGAGGAGACCUUCACGAAACGCUGCCACAACCACCUUCUCCAUGGAGGUUUUUGAUAACGAGGUGGUCCCCUCGUCCCUCCAACAAAUUGCCCCCAUUCUUCGUGUUGCAACUGAGAUUCAACAAGACCGACCUCGUGUUGCUUAUCUUUGUCGGUUCUAUGCAUUUGAGAAAGCUCAUAGAUUGGAUCAAAGCUCCAAUGGACGUGGUGUUCGCCAGUUCAAAACCGCUCUCCUCCAACGUUUAGAAAGGGACGAUGCCUCAAGUGUUGCCGCUCGUGUUAAAAAGACGGAUGGGCGGGAAAUUGAGAGCUUCUACAAACAAUAUUAUGAAAAAUAUGUCAAGGCACUCGAUCAAGGAGAAAAAGCAGAUAGAGCCCAACUUGGAAAAGCUUACCAGGUGGCUGGAGUGCUUUUUGAAGUCCUCUGCGCCGUUAACAAGUCUGAAAAGGCCGAAGAAGUUCCUGCUGAUAUCAUUGCAUCAGCUAGAGAGGUUGAGGCAAAGCAGGUUAUAUAUGCACCCUACAACAUUCUGCCUCUUGAUUCUGCCGGUGAAUCACAAUGCAUCAUGCAGUUUGAGGAGAUUAAGGCAUCAGUGUCUGCUCUGAGGAACACAUGUCGCUUAAAUUGGCCUGCCUCUGUUGAUCAGCACUGGCAGAUAUCAGGAGAAUUGGAUCUUCUUGAUUGGCUAAGGGCAAUGUUUGGGUUUCAGAAAGACAAUGUCAGGAACCAAAGGGAACAUCUGAUCUUGCAACUUGCCCAUCCUCAAGCAAGGCUGACGCCUAAGCCUGAGCCGAUUAACAAGCUUGAUAAUCGAGCAGUCGAUGUGGUUAUGAACAAGCUUUUCAAAAAUUAUAAAACCUGGUGCAAAUUUUUGGGAAGACCGCACAGCUUAAGGCUCCCUAAAGAACAAGAAGAAGUGCAACAGAGGAAGCUACUCUACAUGGGCCUCUAUCUUCUUAUCUGGGGCGAGGCUGCCAACGUACGCUUUAUGCCGGAGUGUCUGUGCUAUAUCUUUCACAAUAUGGCAUAUGAACUCCAUGGUUUGUUGGCUGGAAACGUCAGCAUUGUGACUGGAGAAAAUAUCAAGCCUUCUUAUGGUGGGGAUGAUGAAGCCUUCCUUCGCAAAGUUAUAACUCCAAUUUAUCGGGUCAUUGAAAAGGAAACCAAGAGAAGCAAAAAUGGAAAGGCCCCUCACUCUGCUUGGUGCAACUAUGACGAUCUUAAUGAAUAUUUCUGGUCACCAGAUUGUUUUGCUUUGGGUUGGCCUAUGCGUGAUGAUGGCGAUUUUUUUAGAUCAACACGUGACACGACACAGGGAAAGCUAGCACCUCAUAAGGCUGGAAGCCUUGGAAAAUCAUAUUUUGUUGAGACACGAUCAUUUUGGCAUACAUUUCGAAGUUUUGACCGUUUGUGGACAUUCUUCAUACUAGCUCUUCAGAUUAUGAUUAUCCUUGCAUGGAAUGAUGUUCCGGUAUCGGAUAUCUUUGACAAGGAUGUGUUAUAUAGAUUAUCCAGUAUCUUCAUUACAGCAGCUUUUCUUCGAUUCUUCCAAAGUAUAUUGGACAUUGUUUUGAACUUCCCUGGAUAUCAUAGAUGGAAGUGUACAGAUAUAUUGAGGAACGUUCUGAAGAUUAUUGAUAGCCUUGCAUGGUCCAUUGUUCUUCCACUAUGUUACAUACACCAAAACGACAAUAACUCAAUGCCAUUUGGAAGAAUAAAAGAUAUUCUUUCUUCCCUUGACCGAUUUGAGGGCAUUCCUUCUUUAUAUCUCAUGGCUGUGACGUUGUAUUUGAUUCCAAAUUUACUCUCAGCAGCACUCUUCAUUUUCCCUAUGCUUCGACGAUGGAUUGAAAACUCUGAUUGGCUUAUUGUAAGAUUUCUUCUAUGGUGGUCGCAGCCCAGAAUCUAUGUCGGGAGAGGAAUGCAUGAAAGUCAAUUUGCCCUUUUGAAGUAUACCCUCUUUUGGGUAGCUCUCUUAUCUGCAAAGUUUUCUUUCAGCUAUUUUGUUCAGAUAAAACCUUUAAUCGAGCCUACAAAAGAGAUUAUGAAAAUCAGACGUGUACAGUAUGCUUGGCAUGAAUUCUUCCCAAAUGCUGAAAAAAACUAUGGAGGGGUUGCUGCACUCUGGUUACCUGUUAUUUUGGUUUACUUUAUGGACACUCAAAUUUGGUAUGCUAUAUUUUCAACUUUGUGCGGUGGUAUUAUCGGGGCGUUUGAUCGUUUGGGAGAGAUACGAACACUGGGCAUGCUAAGGUCACGCUUCCAGUCUAUACCCGGUGCAUUCAAUGCGUAUUUGUUGCCAUCUGACAGGGCUAAGAAAAAGGGGUUUUCUCUGUCUAAGCGAUUCGCAGAGGUUACACCAAAUAGGAGAACUGAAGCAGCAAAAUUUGCUCAAUUGUGGAAUGAAGUUGUAUGUAGUUUCCGUGAAGAAGAUUUCAUAAGUGACAGGGAGAUGGACCUGAUGUUAGUUCCAUAUUCUUCAGAUCCCAGCCUUAACCUAAUUCAGUGGCCACCAUAUUUGCUUGCCAGCAAGGUUCCAAUUGCACUUGACAUGGCAGUUCAGUUUCGAUCCAAGGAUGCUGAUCUUUGGAAGCGUAUAUGUGCUGAUGAAUAUAUGAAGUGUGCUGUCAUUGAGUGCUACGAGUCCUUCAAACUUGUGCUGAAUGCUUUAGUUGUUGGACAUACCGAAAAAAGGAUAAUUGGUAUCAUUAUAAAAGAAGUUGAAAGUAACAUUUCAAAGAACACCUUUCUAACGAAUUUUAGAAUGGGAUCUCUACCUACUCUUCGUAACCAAUUUGUGAAACUGGUUGAAAGUCUGAAAGAGGCUGAUGAAUCUAAGCACAACACUGUGGUUUUAUUGCUUCAGGACAUGUUAGAAGUAGUUACGCGGGACAUGAUGGUCAAUGAAAUUCGUGAACUAGUGGAAUUAGGGCAUGGUAGCAAGGAUUCUGGAACACAGCUGUUUGAAAAAGCUAUGGACUCAAGACCUGCAAUUGCAUUUCCUCCUCCUGUUACUGCCCAAUGGGAAGAACAGAUAAAGCGGCUUUAUCUUCUUCUGACAGUAAAUGAAUCUGCCAUGGAUGUGCCUAAAAACCUUGAAGCAAGGCGGAGGAUCACAUUUUUCACAAAUUCAUUGUUCAUGGAUAUGCCACGUGCACCUCGAGUCCGUAAAAUGUUAUCAUUCAGUGUCAUGACCCCGUAUUAUAGUGAGGAGACUGUUUAUUCAAAGAGCGACCUUGACAUGGAAAAUGAAGAUGGUAUAUCAAUCAAAUACUACCUGCGAAAGAUCUUUCCAGAUGAAUGGGAGAACUUCAUGGAACGCAUCAAUUGCAAAGAAGAUGCGGAGAUUUUUGAAAGUGAUGAAAGCAUAUUACAACUCCGUCAUUGGGUUUCUUUAAGAGGACAAACUCUCUGCAGAACAGUUAGAGGGAUGAUGUACUACCGGAGGGCAUUGAAGCUUCAGGCUUUUCUUGACAUGGCUACUGAAAAAGAAAUAUUGGAAGGCUAUAAAGCCAUCACCAUUCCGUCAGAGGAGGACAAGAAAAGCCAGAAGUCCUUGUAUGCUCAACUAGAGGCCUUGGCUGAUUUGAAAUUUACUUAUGUAGCCACAUGCCAAAAUUAUGGAAACCAGAAGCGUAGUGGUGAUCGUCGUGCAACAGACAUUUUGAAUUUGAUGGUUAACAAUCCGUCUCUUCGUGUAGCAUACAUCGAUGAAGUGGAAGAAAGAGAAGGAGGAAAAUCUCAUAAGGUCUACUAUUCUGUGUUGAUUAAAGCUGCAGAUAAUCUUGAUCAGGAAAUUUACAGGGUAAAGUUACCCGGAUCAGCAAAAAUAGGAGAAGGGAAGCCUGAGAAUCAAAACCACGCCAUAAUAUUUACAAGAGGGGAAGCCCUUCAGACUAUUGACAUGAACCAGGACAACUACUUGGAAGAAGCUUUCAAAAUGCGUAACCUGCUUGAAGAAUUUCAUGAGGAUCAUGGAGUGAGACCCCCAACAAUUCUGGGGGUUCGUGAACACAUCUUUACCGGAAGUGUUUCUUCUUUGGCCUGGUUCAUGUCAAAUCAGGAAACGAGCUUUGUCACUAUUGGUCAACGUGUCCUUGCAAGGCCUUUAAAGGUACGGUUCCACUAUGGGCAUCCUGAUGUCUUUGACAGAAUUUUCCACAUUACACGAGGUGGCAUCAGCAAAGCUUCAAAAGGCAUUAACCUAAGCGAGGACAUCUUUGCAGGGUUCAACUCAACGCUGAGACGUGGUAAUGUAACUCAUCAUGAGUACAUACAAGUUGGGAAGGGACGAGAUGUUGGCCUCAACCAAAUCUCACUCUUUGAAGCUAAAGUAGCAUGCGGUAAUGGGGAGCAAACUCUAAGUCGUGAUAUCUACAGAUUAGGCCACCGCUUUGAUUUCUUUCGGAUGUUAUCAUUUUACUACACGACUACGGGCUUCUAUUUCAGCUCUAUGCUGGUGGUCCUUACAGUGUACGCAUACUUAUACGGAAGACUAUACCUCUCUUUAAGUGGAUUAGAGAGAGCCAUCAUGAAAUCCGCAAAAGCAAAGGGAGAUACUGCUCUAAAAUCCGUCAUGGCUUCCCAAUCUGUAGUCCAAUUAGGCCUUUUAAUGGCCUUACCCAUGGUUAUGGAAAUCGGACUAGAAAGAGGAUUCAGAACAGCCAUGGGUGACUUCAUCAUCAUGCAACUCCAACUUGCUGCUGUCUUCUUCACCUUCUCUCUCGGCACAAAACUCCACUAUUUCGGUCGAACCAUUUUGCACGGUGGAGCCAAGUACCGAGCCACCGGGCGCGGGUUCGUGGUCAGACACGAGAAGUUUGCUGAAAACUACCGAAUGUAUUCACGGAGCCAUUUUACAAAAGCCAUGGAGUUGUUUAUUUUGCUGGUGGUUUAUCAGGCAUAUGGGGCGGCAGCCACCAGCAGCACUGCCUACUUUUUUCUAACGGUUUCCAUGUGGUUUCUGGUGGUGUCAUGGCUGUUUGCUCCUUUUCUUUUUAAUCCUUCGGGGUUUGAGUGGCAGAAGAUAGUGGAGGAUUGGGAAGAUUGGUCGACAUGGAUUAGUAACCGUGGUGGAAUUGGUGUUCCGGCGAACAAGAGCUGGGAAUCGUGGUGGGAGGAGGAACAGGAGCACCUUCAGUACACCGGUCUGAUUGGACGUCUUAUGGAAGUAAUCCUUUCUCUCAGAUUCUUCUGCUACCAGUACGGGAUUGUUUAUCAACUUAGAGUUAGCCAAAGCGAUAAAAGCAUCAUGAUAUACGGUUUAUCUUGGAUUGUAAUUCUUGCGGUUAUAAUGAUCUUGAAGAUUGUUUCCAUGGGUAGGAAGAAGUUCAGUGCUGAUUUCCAGCUGAUGUUCCGACUCCUGAAGUUGUUCCUGUUUAUUGCAUUGAUGGCCACUCUUAUAGUUCUCUUCCAAUUCCUCGGGCUUACUGUUGGAGACAUUUUCGCAAGCUUACUUGCAUUCAUGCCAACAGGAUGGGCAAUCUUGCAGAUAGCACAAGCAUGCAGACCAGCAGUGAAGGCAUUGGGGAUGUGGGGGUCGGUGAAGGCACUGGGAAGAGGGUAUGAGUAUAUAAUGGGGGUAAUGAUCUUCACUCCCGUGGCAAUACUUGCAUGGUUCCCAAUGGUGUAUGAUUUCCAAACCAGGCUUCUUUUCAACCAAGCCUUCAGCAGAGGUCUACAGAUCCAACGUAUUUUAGCUGGUGGCAAGAAGAACAAAUAGUAGUAGUAGUAGCAGUCAUAGUAUUAGUGGUAGUACUCACUCUCAUUACUCCUUAGUAGCAUAAACACCUAGCAACUAGAUAUAUGUAGAAGUUAGAAUACAUAGCUCAAAUGCUCGAUCAAGUGUAGGUUUCGCUCAAUGGUAUCACUUGUUUUUUCUCCGAUUGCUGUUUGAAUCUUUAACUUCGUCCAUGGAAAAUAGGAGGUCAAUGCUUCGUGCACUUGUAUUAUCAUGCACCGUUUGUUGCUUGGGUUUUAAAGCUGCGUUUGUUUGUUA